AAUCCAUGUUGAACACUGUAAAACUGAUGAUCAGAUUUUUUUAUCUACUCAAGUUUUAAGGAAAGCGUGCUUAGUCAUAUAUAAUUCAUUUAAGUAUUAUAUAGCAACUGCUUUCUGAUAUAAGAAUACACAUAUUCCGUUUAAAAGCUGAGCUUCAGAAUUUCCACUUAAAGGUCCUUUUGUCUGCGUUGCUUUUUGUAGUUUUUUGUACAAACAUUCCACUUUGUUUAACCAAACUCAUUGUGUGCUCAUAUUUUGUGGACUUGUAUACAUUUUUUCUCCAAAAUUUUUUAUAUUGAUUUGGUAAUGUAAACAACUGCGCAAACAGCAGGUUUUAGAAAUAAAAUGUUUUGUAAAUAGCCUUAGCAUCCAACUUAUUGCUCUGAAAGACUUUAAACAUUACUGCUGUGAAAAAGGAAACAUGAACAGGAUUUCUUGCAAUUUCCCAGUGUUUUCUUCUUUCUUUACAUAUUUUCACCAAUUCUUACAUAGUUUCAUUUUUACCACUAUUGUCUAAAACAAUUCAGCCAAUGUAAAAUUGCUUUCUAAAAGAAAAUAUAAAAUACCUGUCCCACGCCAUAUUAUCUGGGCCAUAAUAAAGUAUAACAUGCAAUGCACUGUCAAUCAUGCAUGAAAUCACAAACAUAAAAACAUUCCUCCUGCUGUUUCUCCCUACAUAAAGGGGACCAUUUUAGAACAGGGCGACCUAUACAAAUAAUCUGGGGAUGGUGGUUUUUAAAUACACAUUGCAUCUCUACUUAUGAGAAUACGUACAGGGGAAGCUUACGACAACACUAAGAGCCCAAGCAAUGGAUUAUUGGCUAUGUCGCUCAGCCAGCUUGAACUGCCUAAUAAUGUCACUGCUACUUUGUACGGUCCAGAGACACAUCUGUCAGCCAACGACCGAGGCAGAAACGGGGCGAUCUUUAGGAACCUGCUUUGGCCCCGACUGUAUCAGGUACACAGUAGCUGGGGCUGGUCCACAGUGCCAGGGGGUGCAGACGGGGGAAUCUGUGCUCAGGGACAUACAGGAACAACUCAGGUGUUUAAAACAAGACUGCCCCCACAGUUUUGUCCGCUUUAACUGCUCAUGCUAUAAGGUUGUUAACCGGUCAGCAACAUGGCGAGAUGCUCAGUGGGACUGUGGUUUGAUGGGAGCCUACCUCAUGGACAUCACCUCACAGCAGGAACAGGUGUUCAUAGGGAGGCAGGCGGCGGCCAUGUACUAUGACGCUGGUGGCUAUGCAUAUGGGUUCUGGAUAGGAGGUUAUGAAAAGCUUCCAGCUCAAAACUCUUCUUCACCUAAUGCUGAUAGCCAAAAUGUAACUACUACAGCGCCACCUAUUGGUGAGUGGAAAUGGAACAAUAGUGGAAAACCUUUCACAUUCACAAACUGGAACACAGAUGAACCAAACAAUUGGAAUGGAAGCAGUGAGGACUGCCUGAUGAUGCUCAGCUCUAAAGGAUAUAAAUGGAAUGAUGCUAUGUGCAAUGAAAAGCACAAGUUCAUAUGUGAACUAGAACUAUAAUGAUAUGAAAACCCCACAGUCCAAGAAAUAAAUCGAUAACAGAACCUUCAAAUGGAUUGCAGUUCUCCAGUACGAGAAUAUAGACUCAGGCUGAAACAGGGCAGUUUUACUAUCAAUACAGACCACUUUAAUGAUAUAUAAACUCUACAGAACAGAACAUGUCUAAGGACGAGGAGUUUUGCAAAACAAACCUCCAGCAUAACAUCAAAUGCCAAACACAACAAGCCAGAAAGUGGUCCAAGGCCUCUCUGCUUGCAAGUAACACUGUGAUAUGCUUCGCAAGAUAUGUUCUCGAUUAAGGAUUAGUCAACUUUAUAUUGACAAACUGUCAAAAAGGCUCAAAUCCAAUUCUUUUUAUCUAUUAAACAAAAACCUCAAAGUUUUAGACCAUUUAAAGUGGUCUCUAAAGAUACAUUUCAUAAGUUGCUUCCAUAAAAUAUUUCUUCAUUUUUCCAGGCUAAGAUAUAUGUGGCCAUAAACUGCUUCUAAGGCCCCAUUCAGAAUAGGGGACCAACUAGUCUGAGG